AUGAGUCAAGAACAGCCAAAGAGGGAGGAUUAUCAAGAAGAGGCUAUCACAUAUGGAGACGUCUUCAACGUUCAAGGAGAUCUCAAAACCAAACCGAUUGCACCGGUUGACGCCGCCACCAUGCAAAAGGUGGAGAGUCACCUGCUUGGUAAGAACCCGAAGGGUGGCGUCGCUGCCACGAUGCAAUCCGCAGCCAUGAAAAAUGAGAGAGAUGGGGUGGUCGGGCACAACGAUAUUAACAUAACUGCCACUGGUAUGGUGGAUCAAUUUAGCAAAAAGGCGCCACUGACGUCAUCUUCUUCUGUUCAAGACAUGGGCAUUGGGGGCGGUGGGAUCACCAUAGGUGAAGCGCUGGAGGCCACGGUUCUCACGGCAGGAAAGAAGCCGGUGGAGUGGAGUGAUGCCGCGGCGAUUCAAGCUGCAGAAGUGAGAGCCACCGGACGCACCAACAUUGUCCCCGGAGGCGUUGCUGCGGCGGCGCAAUCAGCUGCUACCCUAAAUGCUCGGAUUACAAAGGAAGAGGAUAAGACGAAACUCGGAGAUAUUCUGGCGGAUGCAACUUCGAAGUUACCGUCAGAUAGAGCAGCGACUCGGAGAGAUGCUGAAGGUGUGACGGGUGCAGAAAUGAGAAAUGAUCCCAACCUUACUACUCAUACCGGUGGUGUGUCCGCAGCCGUGGCUGCUGCUGCUAGGCUUAACCAAAUGAUCAGUAACUAGUUCCUUCAUCUCACAUACCAUAUAUGUAUAUUAUCACCAUUGCCCAUUUUGUAAGUGAUUCAUUUUUCUUUCUUUCCUUCAUGAAGAACUGAAGAACCUAAAUUUUAACUCAACGACUCCUCUUAUCAAAUGUAAAGGAGCUCGCCCAGUUCUUUUAUCUAGCCGUGCUAGUUUUCUUCAAAGCAAUGCGUUCAUAUUUUAUUUCUGCUUUCAUUUGUUUGGAAUGUGUAACUUCAUGAAAUUCUAAUU